GAGUUCGUUUAGUUCCUCAGCGCAUUUGCACGUUACCACAACGAAAUGUCUUCGUUCUUAACCUACAUUUUAUUCACCACGAUUUUAAUCCAGUUAAGUUUAAAAAUAAACGGUCGGCAUCUUAACCUUGAAGUGAAUUCUUCGUGUAUCUUAUCCGAUGGAGAUGGAGAAAUAGGAGUGUGUAAAAGAGUCGAUUUAUGCGCAUCGGCCAAAGAAAUGUUGUUAAAGAAAGAGAAACCUAAUUUGUGCAGUUUUGAUAAGGAUCUUCCGUUACUUCCGGUGGUUUGUUGCGUCCCUGGAGAUGAUUUACCAUAUGAUCCUAGUUUCCUUUCGUUCUUUAAGCAACACAAUUUUACAAAACCGAGUAUUUUGUAUAAUUUUUUGAGUUCUCCAGCACAAAUUAAUCCCCCGCAAGAAAAAAUAGAUACUCCUUUAAGUAGCACAUUAAUUCGUGAAUCAAAUGAUAAAAAAAGUGUUCAAAAAUGUUUCGAAUACAGUUCUUCAGCAAUAACUACAACAACGACCACAACAACAACAAUGAGAUCUUUAAAUGAAGAGGACGACGGUAUUUCCCAAAUCUUCGUCGUAGGGGGAGAAAAUUCAAAAGCCAAAGAAUUUCCUCAUGUUGCUUUAUUGGGGUAUGGUGACCCCGAUGAUACCCAAUGGCUUUGUGGGGGGGCUUUAAUAAGCGAAAACUUCGUUUUAACAGCUGCGCAUUGUUUAUUAUCCAGGGAAUACGGCCCAGUUAAUAUCGUACGUUUAGGUGAUUUAGACAUCAAAUCCAACGAAGACGACGCUUCCCCAAGACAAUUCGGAAUUGCGCAAACUUUUCGCCACCCCGAAUACGAAUCGGAUAAGAAAUACCACGAUUUGGCUUUGUUACGAUUAAAUUCUUCGGUCGAUUUUAAUGUUUAUAUAAAACCGGCGUGUCUUCAUACUGAAAAAGAGUUAUUGAACGAUCGAUUUAUCGUGGCUGGCUGGGGGAAAACUUCUUUCGGGGGGGAUGAUGCGAGCAUCUUGCAAAAGGUUAAUUUAACGAUUUCGGAUCAUACCAGUUGUUCUAAAACGUAUACUAAACGUGUUAAUGGGUUAAAUGAUGGGUUAAUUGAAGAUAUUCAAAUUUGUGCUGAAGGAGCUGCUAAAGGGGGAGAUACUUGUCAAGGUGAUUCAGGGGCUCCUUUACAAUAUCUCGAUAAAAGCGGUAAUCGCUUACAUAAGAUCGUUGGGAUAACUUCUUUUGGAAUUAAUUGUGGAUUAGUUCCUGGAGUUUAUACAAGAGUAUCGUAUUACGUCCCGUGGAUUGAAGGAAUUGUAUGGAAUUAAAAAGACGACGAUAAAUAAGAAGCUUAAUUAGAUUAUAUUUAAAUUAGAUAAACUUUUUUGUUUUAUUUUGUAUUAUGUAUUUAUUUUUAUAAAGUUUCAAUCUGUGCU